UCUUCUCGUGUCUGCAGUAAAGCGCUAAAAAAUUCUUUUCCUUUGAAUUGCACUGCAAUGCGGAUGUGCAUCUGCAAGCGAAUUUUUCCAAAUUAAAGAGCGUACCUAAAAUUAUCAUUACUUUAUCAUUUGGAUCACCUACACCUGGACCUCUAAAACCGUCAUGAAACCCCAUACUUAAAUUAAAGGGGAAUAUUUUUGCAACCGCAGUGCAAAUUUGGUCAGCUCAAAAUGGACUCUUCAAGCAUUAAUUCCUUGCUGGCAGAUCAACUGGAACUGGGUGAACGGAUUCAGAGCAUCAUUCGAAAUUACAAAAAAGACUCCAGGGGAAGAAAAUCGAAACCUGGAUAUUAUAAGGAGCGCCUAACUAAACUGGAACUGCUGUGGGAUCAAUUUUUCGCAGGAGAGAGUCAAGUUCAACAUGCCGUUCGAGGAAUGCAAAUUGAACAUAAAUACUUUAUUAACGACGUCUUUACGAAAACAAAGAAUGUUCUCCUUGAAACUAAGACGGAAUUCGCUAAAAACCUGAACCCGAAAACAGGAGGCAUUAAACUAAAAUCCACUCCAUCAAUUAAAAAAAAAAUUAAAGUUGAAUCAAUUUCGCCAAUUAAACAAGAUAUUAAAUUUGAAUCAAUGUCGCCAAUCAAAGGAGGUAUUGAAUUAAAAUCAAAUUCACCAAUUAAGAAUGUUCUCCUUGAAAUUAAGACGGAAUUCACCAAAAACCUGAACCCGAAAACAGGAGACAUUAAACUAAAAUCCACUCCACCAAUUAAAAAAAAAAUUAAAGUUGAAUCAAUUUCGCCAAUUAAACAAGAUAUUAAAUUUGAAUCAAUGUCGCCAAUCAAAGGAGGUAUUGAAUUAAAAUCAAAUUCACCAAAAAAAAUCACAUUGAAUUCAAUGUUCAAAGAACAACAGGUGUUGAUGGACAGGUUAGAUAUUAUCAUAAAUGAAAUGUCCGCCGAACCACAAGUUGGUCUUAACCCAGUCUUCUUACCGUAUUUGAUUGAGAUGAAAAAUAUGCACGAACAACUAUAUAAGGACUUUAAAGACUGCCUGUAACUGUUUUAUUAAGUUAUCUAUUAUAAUAAAACCAGUACAAAAUAAAUAUAAAUAAAAACAAA